AUGUCGGAUGCCACAUCGUCUUCCCUCAAAGGCAACGCGGUAGACCUGGAGAAGAAUGCCCUGGAGAAAGAAGACCCGGAGGCCGACGCCAUUCGCUCGUCGAGUGAUGGCAGCGCCUUCUCAGAAGGCAGACACCUCGAAGGUGUUCGCAGUCGCAGUCCUAGCCGUGGUGGCAGUCAACCCCUCUCCCGAAGCCAAUCUCGAGGACUAGAGAGAGCCACCACUACUGCAUCCAAUGCUCUUUCAAUCAUUCGGUCGCGGGUGCCUCAGAGACCGUUUUCGCAUCCACUGGAGCAUGAAAAGACCGCUGUUGAUGUCAUUGUUGACUUCGAAGGGCCGGAUGAUCCCUACCGACCCAUCAACUGGCCCUUCAAGAAAAAAGUCAUCACGACUGCCCUGUACGGCCUUACGACUUUGAGCGCCACCCUGUCAUCCAGCAUCUUUUCCGCUUCCACCAUCCCAAUCGCCAGAGAGUUUAAUGUUAGCACGGAAGUUAGCACGCUUGGCACCUCUCUCUUCCUCAUUGGGUUCGGAGCAGGCCCUCUGCUCUUCGCUCCGCUAUCAGAAGUAUAUGGUCGCAAACCUGCGGUACUCAUCCCGACUUUUGUUGGCGCCAUCUUCGCUUUUGGGGUAGGGGCAGGGAAGGACAUUCAGACCAUCAUCAUUUGUCGCUUCUUUCAAGGCAUGUUCAUGAGUGCACCCGUUACAAACACCGGAGGGGUCUUAGCCGAUAUCUGGGCUGCUCAACAUCGUGCUGCUGCAAUUGUCGGAUAUGCCCUGUGCCUCGUCGGCGGCCCCACACUCGGUCCAAUCAUUGGUGGUGCAUUCGUCAUCACACCUGGUCUUGGCUGGCGCUGGACUCAAUAUCUGUCGGGAAUGUAUGCCUUGGCCAUCCUGGUGAUUGACAUUCUCGUUCUCGACGAAUCGUAUCCCGCCGCACUCCUCGUAACGAAGGCUCGUCGUCUGCGCCACGCAACCGGCAACUGGGCGCUACAUGCCAAACACGAGGAAUGGGACGUUUCCCUCCGUGAGAUGGCGAAUAAGUAUCUGAUUCGACCAUUCGCCCUCCUUCGAACACCGAUCUGCUUUCUCAUCGCACUAUACGCUGGCUUCUGCUACGGCAUCCUCUACGGCAUGCUUGGAGCUUUCCCCUACGUAUUCCAGGAACUUCGAGGCUGGAAUGAAGUGGUUGGGGCGUUGCCAUUCCUCGCUUUGUUGCUGGGGACCGUCAUAGGCGGCGCCACGAAUCUGAUCAAUCAACGAUUUUACCUCAAGGCGUUGAAGAAAAACAACUAUCGCCCGGUUCCCGAGGCACGCCUGCCGCCGAUGUGCAUCGGCUCAUUCUUCUUCGCUGGCGGUCUUUUCGUCUUCGCUUGGACUGCCAAUCCGGAAAUUACCUGGGUAGCUCCGUGCGUGGGCGGUGUGAUGGCCGGCGUAGGCUUCUUCACAAUCUUCCAAGCUGCACUAAACUAUCUCUUGGAUACGUUUCAGCGGUACGGAGCCUCUGCAAUCGCGGCAAAUACGUUCGUGCGAAGUGGUUUUGCCGGCGCUUUCCCGCUGUUCAUCACGUAUGAACUAAAGGCCAUUGGUGUCGGUUGGGGGAUUUCGGUGUACGCCAUCUUCGCGACGUGUCUCAUUCCCAUUCCGUUCUGCUUUGUUAAAUGGGGGCCAGCGAUACGCGCACGCGGAGAGUGGAGUCGAGAGAGUACGUUGUAA